UCUCAAGUGCUCAUGGAUUGCACAGCUUUCUUGCAACUUUUCCUGUCUCUGUUGUUGUGGAAAGUGACGCAAGCCAAAGGAAGAGACCUAUACGAAGCUCAAGAAACCGAAUACAAGCCUAGCUACGAUGCAUAUGCAAGCAUUAAAGAGGAGCAUCAUCCGCCCCACCCGUUCCAUUUCGGCUACGACGUCCUGGACGAACACGGCAACAAGCAACAGCGGCAGGAGCAGGGCGAUCAGCACGGCAACGUGAAAGGCAGCUACGGGUACGUCGAUGCCCACGGAGUCUACAGGCAAGUCGACUAUGUAGCCGAUCAUUCUGGAUUCAGAGCAGUUGUACAGUCAAAUGAGCCGGGAGUAGCAAACGAAGACCCGGCUGAUGUAAAAUUGACUGCGAAAGCACCCCCUUCACAUGUCCUCGAACAACACUUAACAAAACCUGAUCAUAGUUACCCAGACCCUAAACUCUACAUAAAGGCGUCUUCCAAGCCAGUUUACAAAGAGAGCUUAUAUUGAUUUGACCAAAUGUUUGAUAAAAGUACCAAAAUCUCAUAAAGGAUGCCAUUGUUUGUUGUAAAA